AGGGGGUGAGUGCUCCUCGGGAUCCGGGCCUAGCAGUGCCGCCGCCGGGACUGUGCUGUCGCUCUCAUCUGCUGUCAAAAAUCCGUGAAUUGCCUCAUUUGGGGGGCACAAUGGAGGCGGCGGGGCUCGCGUGGAAGCUGCUCGACGGGGGAAUGGGAGACAGCAUGCCAGCAUGAGUGGGCUACAUGCAGGCCCAAGCCGGGAGUCCAGCUGCCCGAUAAGCCCCGCCCGUGACCUGUCCCGCUACUCCCGAUCCGACUACAAUAAAGAUCUCGGCGCAACCAUGUCCGCCGCCGCCUCCUCCCUACAGCACGCGUCCAUUUACGGCUUUGCGCAGAGGGACCCUUCGCCCCCCUCGUCCACCUACAGCCCCCUGAGGAGGCUGCAGCAUCUCACCACCAUGGUGAGCCAGCCCGACUUGGUUUUGCCCGCCCGGCCAGGUAAGAGCUGGGAGUGGGCCGCCUCGGAUCCGAACGAGUCGGAGCGGGACUCCUGGGUGGACUGCGCCGGCAGGGAUUACUGCGAUGCUACUUUUGCGAAACAAGGCGAGGUCCAAAGUGGCAGCGCUAACCAGGAGCCGGCAGCCAGCUGUAGCAGUCCCAGCGUGUCGGAGAGGAAGACGGACAGUUGUUUCUCCUGCGCGCCCAGCCCGGCCUUCUCUCUCGAUAGCAACAGCCCCUUUGCAAAUGGCCUCCUUCAUUUUGAAUCCUCUUUGUUUGAGGACGAGGAGCACCACAACUGUGACAAAGAGCAGCAGCAGCAGCAGGAGGAGACGACAUACUUUGCCGUCACAGACUCGCGGGAUAAACGCAAGAGCCCAGAGAAAGAGCUUCAGUCUGCCACUGUGGAUUUGCAAUCAGAAUCCAAGGACGCAAAUGUCCCAUCAGCAAAAGUCAUCACCCGAUCCCAGUCGUCGGGUUUUCGCCGAAGGUACUGGGAUGUUUCCGACGACGAGUGGGAGAGCGACACGGAUCUCUUCCUUUUUGGCGAUAGCCCCUCCAGGAAUUUGAUGCAGAGCGACAUGAAACAAAGCGCCGUGCCACCGGUCAAGUUUCUGGAGGGCGAGGUCAUUUGGGCAAAGUUCAACCGACGGCCGUGGUGGCCGUGCGAGGUGAUUGUUGACCCUGCCCAGGGAGUCUAUCACAAGGUUAAAGAGCCCAGCGAUCGGCCCUGUCGACUCUACCACAUCAGGACUUUCGGGGACCAGGAGGAGCAAGCCUGGGUGGAGGACAAAUCCACUCAUAUUUUUCACGGAGGCUUUCAGUUUGAGCAGCUCGCGCAAAUGCGCAGGAAGGGGAAGCAAAGAGGGCCGAACCACAAAUACAUCAUCGCCAAACGCUAUGAAGCGUCUUGGAAAUUGAGUGUGGCUGAAGCUGAAACUAUUCUCCAGCAAAGGCCCAACAUAGACUCUUUAACCAUGGACACUAGCUUCCAAGACAGUUCACCGAUGAUGACCAAGCCCUGUCCACCUAUUUCCCCAUCUUCUCCGGCGGCCUCUAAUCUUCUGGAAAAGUCGCACGCAAUCAGCGGAUCGAUAUCUUGCCAGACAUCAUCCCCAGUAGAAAAUAAGCAAGGCACUUUAAAGAAGUCUUCCGAAAAGAGGGAAGACUUCAACUCCUCAAAUAAGCAGUCUAAAAAGGUCCGACAUCACAACCCCAACCAAUCACAUAAGAAUGUAGAGUGCCCUUAUUCGGACCUUGAGUCGGUCCCUAAGAUUUUGUGUCCAAAAGCACUUGAACGCCAAUCCGCGUGGACUCAGUCACCUGCUAAUCUCGCCAAGGAAGAAAAGAGACAACCGGAGAUGCAAAGUGGUCUUUGGUUUAGUAAAUCGGGCAAAGACAGACGACCAAAAUCUGUUACUCCAGAACGGUCAGAUCGUACGCUUGUCACCAAUGUACUCAGCAAGAAAAAGACUUCGGCUGUGACUAAAAACUUGACGGCUCAAGGGGAUAAUGCCUCCUCGGCCGGACAAGGUGACCAGGGUGGAUUGGUAAAUCCAGAACCAAAGCUUGUGUCUGAGCAGUCAUGGCAGUUGGACUCUAAAAACAUUGUAGCUAGCGACCCCGCCGAAAGUAGUCCUGAGCGUUUGUCUCAACAUCAGCUGUCGAUCGAUUCUUCUGACCCUCUUGGAUUGUCACACCUGCAAGAGUCAGUGGUCUUCACUGAACCUUUUCAAUCUUCAGAAAACAACCAGUCCGUGGCUCCUUUUGACUCAGAAGAAUUGGUACAGAAGCGGGCGUUCACAGAUUUUUCUGACUCUCGGGCAUUGUCACAAAAACAAGAGUCAAUGUUAUCUUCUGACCCUGCAGGAAUGUCACAAAAGCAGAAAUCUGUGGAUUCCUCUUACCCUCGAGGCAUAUCACAAAACCGCGAGUCACGGAAUUGUUCUGACCCUCGAGUAUCUUCUCAAAAGCGCAAAUUAGUGGUUUUAUCAGACUCCCGAGGAUUGUCCCAAAAGUGCAAAUCAGUUGAUUCUUCUGACGCUGGAGGGUCAUCACAAAAGCAUAAAUCUGUGGAUUCCUGUUACCCUCAAGGAUCAUCAAAAAAGCUGAAAUUUGUGGCCCCUUCUGACCCUCAAGGAGUGUCCCAAAAGAAGGAGUUAGUCGAUUCUUUGGAACCUCGAGGAUCAUCCAAAAAACAGAAGUCCGUGGAUUGUUUCAGUACUGAAGCAUUGUCACAGAAGGACUCCAGGGAUUCUCCUGACCCCCAAAUGUUCCCACCAAAGCAGAGGUGUGUGGACUUUGCAAACCCAAGGCAGAAGGAUGUGGAUGUUUCUGAUCGACUGUCUCACAAGCAGAAAUCAGUGGAUUCUUCUGACCUUCUAGGAUUGUCACCACAGCGGGAGUCCAAGGGUUGUUCUGACCUUCCAGUAUCAUCGCAAAAGCAGAAGUUGGUAGAUUCUUCAUCUUCUCAAAGAUUGCCACAGGAUUCUUCCAUUCCUGCAACAUUGUCACAAAAGCAGAAGUCCACGAAUUCCUCAAAUCUUCAAAGAUCAUCGCAAAAGAGGGAGUCUAUGCAUGGGUCUGAUUCUCGAGGACCAUCGCAACAGCAGACGUUUGUGGAUUCUUAUGACUGUCAAGGAGUGUCACAAAAACAGGAGACUAAGGAUUCUUCUGACCCUCAAAGGGUGUCCCAAAAGCAAAAGUCGGUCGAUUAUUUUAACCCACAAGGAUUGUCAAAAAGGAGCGCAUGGCAUUCUUUUCACCACCAAACAUUGUCACAAAAGCAGAAGUUAUUUGAUUCUUCUAACCCCCGAGAAUCGUCCCAGAAGAAGUCAAUGGAUUCUUUUUGCUCGAAAGAAUCGUCACAAAAGCAGGAAUCCAGAGAUACAUCAGACCCCCAAAGAUCAUCACAAAAGGAGAAGUCGGUGAAUUCUUCUCAACCCCAAGGAGCAUCACAAAAGCCAAAGUUGGUGGAUUUUUCAGUACCCCAACUAUUGUCACAGAAACGGAAAUCGGGGGAUUCUCCUGGCCCUCGAUGUACGUCACAAAAGCAGAAGUCCAGGCAUUCGCCUGAUCAUCGAGGAUCAUCACAAAAGCCGAAUUCUAGAGAUUCUUCUGACUCCUGCGGACUGUCAAAAAAGCAGGAGUUCAAGGCUUCCUCUGACCCUCGGGUAUUGUCACAAAAGCAAGCGUCCAGGUAUUCUUCUGACCACCGAGUUUCAUCACAAAAGCUGAAGCCAAAGGAUUCUUCUAAACCUCAAGGAUCGUCACAAAAACAGGAGUCCAGGGAUUCUUCUGACCCUCAAGUUUCAUCCGAACAGCUGAAGUUGGUGGAUAUUUCUUACCCUUGUGGGUCAGUACAGAAGCAGGUGUCCAUGAAUUCACCCGACCAUCAAGGAUCCUCACAAAAGCUGAAGGCUUUUGACUCCAGUGGAUUGUCAAAAAAGCGAGACUCCACGGCUUCGUCUGACCAACGACGAUUAUCUCAAAAGCAGAAGUCCAAGUAUUCUUCUGACCCUGAAAUUUCGUCACAAAAGCUGAAGUUAAUGGAUUCCUCUGAACCUCGAGGAUCAUCACAAAGGCACGAGUCCAGGAAGUCUUCUGACCCUCAGGUUUCAUCUGAAAAGCUGAAGCCGGUGGAAUCUUCUGACGCUCGUGGGGCAUCACAGAAGCACGGGCCCAGGGAUGCGCCUGAUCAAGGAUCGUCACAAAAGUCGCAUUCCAUGGAUUCUUGUGACUCCCGAGGACUGUCAAAAAUUCAGGAGUCCACAGGUUCUUCUGGCCAACGAGGACUGUCACAAAAGCAAGAGUCCAAGUAUUCUUCGGAUCCUCGAGUUUCAUCUCAAAAGGUGAAGUCAAAGGAUUCUUCUCAACCUCGAGGAAUGUCACAGGGCCAGGAGUCCAGGAUGUCUUCUGCUCUUCAAGUUUUGUCAGAAAAGCUGAAGUCGGUGCAUACUUCUGACUCGUGCGGGUCAUCAUGGAAGGAAAUGUCCAGGGACCCUCAUGGAACAUCCCAUAAGCAGAAGUCAUUGGAUUCAUUUGAGCUCCGAAGAUCAUCACAUAAACAUAAGUUAUUGGAUUCUUCUGACCCUCCGGUAUCCUCUCAAAAACUGCACUCUAUGGACUCCUCUGACCCUCGGGCAUCAUCGCAAGUGUCUGUUGAUUCCUGCAGGUCCUCUAAGAAGUGUGGUUCCUUAAAGGCUCGGCAAAUUAUCCUAAAUUCUAAACACUCUGCCAAAGGGUCUACUCCUCAAAGCGGCGCACAAGUCAAGAAGUUCAAGAAGAGGGCCAGUGUAAAGCACAGCAGUCAAAGUGAUCAUUGUAAAAGAGAGGCUCCAUGCGGUUUGUACCAGAUGGAAGAAAGAGAAAGUAAUACCAAGGCUAAGUCCAGUUUAAGUGAAGUAUCAACAGACCUCCAAAAAGCUUUGAUCGCUAUGUGCAAGCUCCCAUUCAUUAAGUUGAUGCGCGGCGACAUAAAUAUUCAGAAUUAUUGGAAGUCUAAAAUUGCUUUUAGUUACAACGACAAAACUGGGUGUCCAAACGGUAAUGAACUCCAAAGAACCACGGCUCACUCCUCGUCAAAGUCAGACUCGACCCACGCAGCAGAAACUCUCUCUAACAACAGUGUAGACAAAAACGUUUCCCAAAACAGCGGAGACGAUACCGUUUCUGGGAACGUUGAAGACGAGAGGCUUUCUGGAAAUUGUGAAGUCAAAAUCAUGCCCAGAGAUGGUGAAGACAAAAGCGUGUCUAGAAACGGCGAGGUCCAAAGUGUUUCUAGAAAUAGUGACGACAAAGGGAUUCCCAGAAAAAAUGAAGAGAAAGGUGUGUCCAGACACGGUGAAGAAAAAAAUCUUUCCCGAAUUGGCAAAGACAGGAAAAAUGAGGACAACAGUGUUUCGAGAAAAACGGUGGACCAAGUUGCACCCAACCCCAAAGUUGUUUCCAGGCUCACUGAAGACAAACACGUUUUCAGAAAAACCGAGGACAAAAUCGCAUGCCGAAAAAACGAGGACAACAUAUUUUCCACAAGUAACGGACACGACCCCGUUUUCAGAAGAAAAGAGGGAAGAAAUGCAUCUGGAAGUGGUGACGACAAAGGCGUGUCUACAAAUUGUGAAAACAAAAGUGUGUCCAGAAAUUGCGGAGAUAAAAGUGCGUCUCAAAAUAGCGGGGACCAAAUAGUUUCCAGAAUCGAUGAAGGCAAACCUGUUUUCCGAAAAAGUGAAGACAAAAGUGUUUCAAGAAAUCCUGAUGCCAAAAGUGUUUCGGGACGUUGUGAAGACGGAAACGCAUUUGAAAAUGUUUCAGGAAAAUGCGACGAGGCAAUUGUUUCCAGAAAGUCCAGGAAUGAUCCCGUCGGCUCUUACGACUCCCGUCCGGCAGAGACUGAAGCAAAGUGUCCCACUGGUGCCCCCAAAGGUACCACCAUUUCUUGCGAUCUUUCAGAGGGUUCACAGCAACGUGACACUUGCGCCUCGAGCUCGCCGCCCGUCACAACCCCCGAGCCGUCUCGGUACGAUAGAAAUUCAGUAUCUGGCACUGGUCGGGUGUCCCGAGAGCCAUCAUCCCCCAAGACCAAUGCCCUUAAAACAAAGCACAUCCCCGAUAAAUUACCCGAAGUCCUACCACAAGAACAGCCCGCCCAUCUCCCAGCUAGCAAUCGGCUGAUGACCGGAGCCCUGAAAACCAUGAAGGUGCUGCAAAAGCUGAAGCACAGAAAAGCCAAAAAGAAAGCCGCUCAGAAUGAACUCUUGGGUCACGGCCAAAACCAGGCCGACCCGGAUCACCGUGCUAAGAACUCCGCUUGGAACCAAGAAAGCGAUUUGGACGUUUGCACUAAAGCCAAACCGGUCGAGUCUGGAUAUAGCGCCAUUUGUUCCGAUGAUCGGGACGCGGUAUCCAGUUGUCGUGACCCUCCUUUGCUGUUGCAUGACUGCACUGAAGUCAAGAAUGAAGAGGAAGUCCUUUCGGUAUCUUCAACCCCACCGAUGGACUUCAUACCACUCACCUCCAACGUCAGGACAAAGGUGGUGGACCGAAGGACCUCCUCGCCUUCCCCUCCCUCGCCGUUUUCCUUCAUGAAUGCUUUGAAAAACGCCAAAGAGGUGUCCUUCCAGUCUUUGACCGACGAGGCUAACGGCAAAGUGCCUACCUUCAAACCAGACCUGAAUUACAAGUUCAGCACUUUUCUUAUGAUGAUGAAAGACAUGCAUGACACUCGAGAGCGUGACGGGGCCCCCUUAGAACUGGAAAUUGGACCACCGAGUGCCCACGUCAAGCAGGAGCCCAUGGUCAUGCCUGGGGCGGCCGCACCCGCCGGCCUUGAACAAGACGUUGUGAAUGGUGAUCCAGAUUUUAGCCCGUGCGUGGACGCAAGUCGAAGUCACAUGUCCAAGCGGCCUUACAAGAGAAGAAGCGGCUCCGCUUGGAUGAAGAGCAAAAACGGCCGCAAAGUGCCGCCAAGUCGUCCCGCCGGGUCUGGACCCGGGUACCCUGGCGUGGGGUCCUUGCUUGGAAUUGACUUUUCCUCUGUCCUGGAUUACUCCGCAAAAGUCCGGUCCCUGUUGGAUAUGCAGGCCUCCCCCUGGGAGGGCCAGCCCGCGAGCGACGGAGGAUUGUUGACGUGGGGCGGAGAUUUUGAACAGAUGAAUGGCUUUGCUUCCAACUGCACCCAAGCCAAGGCCGGAGAAGGCGACGGCGAGUCCUCUGCCAAUAAACGAGUACGCAAGCCAAGCAAAAGGCUCCUAGAAUGGACGGAAGAGUACGACCACAUAUUUUCUUCAAGGAAGAAAACCAAAAAGCCUCUUCAGACAAUUACCAUGGCCAACCGAGCACUUUCACCCCAACCACCCGUACUGGACAAACGCGUCCUGGAGCCGCCAUCGUUGAGCACGCUUCCCGAAAUGCAGACGCCGCCUCCGGAGGAAAUCACCCUCACCACAGAACUCCAAAUCCCCAGCGCUGAAAAUGCAUCGCCGCAGGAAGCGCAGCCGCUUUCCAUCGACACCUUGACUCCGCCCCCCGAGGCUGAAGCGGAACCGCCGCCGAUUGAAGACCUGGCUGGAGACGACUGCAACGCUGCUUUGCUGCAAAAGAAGCGAAAGAGGAAACCUACUCCGAAGAUCCUGGAAUAUUGUCUUGAAGCCGAGGCCUCCGUGGGCCCGAAGAAGAAGAUCAAAAUUGUGAAGAACUCAUAUGAAGAUCCUCAAACAGCGCUUCCAGAUCCUGACCCUCCUGCUUUGAAACCAAUGAGCCCGGCGGUUCCCACGCCAUCGCCGGUGGCGACCCACCCGACUCCACCCAGCCCUCCCGGUCCCCCCGUGCUGGCACCGGCGGUGUCCGAGCGGGCGGAUGACCAGGUUGCAGACGUCCACCUUCCUCAAGCGGACGACGGGUUCAAGUACACCACAGAGUCCGAGGGUGAAGCCUCCACAUUGGACCAGAGCUUCUCCUCCACUCGAGAUGACUCGUCGCCGUGCGACGAUGCGCUCGGACAAGGCCGGAGGAUCAUCGGUGACCGAGGGGGCCCCGCCUCCUUGAAGGAGAACGUCUGUCAGGUGUGCGAGAAGACAGGGGAGCUGCUUCUCUGCGAGGGUCAAUGCUGUGGAGCCUUUCACUUGGCCUGCAUCUCCCUGGCCGAGGCCCCCAAAGGGAAAUUUGUGUGCCCGGAAUGCAAGUCGGGUGUCCACACCUGCUUUGUGUGCAAGAAGCGCAGCGAGGACGUGCGGCGCUGCAUGAUCCCCGUGUGCGGCAAGUUCUACCACGGCGAGUGUAUCGCCACCUACGGGCCCACCGCGCCCGUCAGCCGCGGGUUCCGCUGCUCCAUCCACGUCUGCCUCACCUGCUUCAUCGCCAACCCCGCCAGUCCCUCCAUCUCCAAAGGUCGUCUGGUGCGUUGCGUGCGCUGCCCGGUGGCUUAUCACGCCAACGACCUGUGCAUGGUGGCCGGCUGCGUGGUCCUCUCCAGCAAUAGCAUCAUCUGCCCCAACCACUUCACGCCGCGGCGCGGUGUCAAGAACCACGAGCACGUGAACGUCAGCUGGUGCUUUGUGUGCACCGAAGGGGGCAGCCUGCUGUGCUGCGAGUCGUGCCCGGCCGCCUUCCACCGAGAGUGUCUGAACAUGGAGAUGCCCAAAGGCAGCUGGUACUGCAACGAUUGCAAGGCCGGCAAGAAGCCUCGCUACAAGGACAUCCUGUGGGUCAAGGUGGGACGCUACAGAUGGUGGCCCGCCGAGGUCAGCCACCCCAAAAGCAUCCCGGACAACAUCCUGCGCAUGAGGCACGACGUGGGCGAGUUCCCGGUCCACUUCUUUGGCUCCAACGACUACCUGUGGACCUACCAGGCGCGCGUCUUUCCUUAUAUGGACGUGGAUGCCAACAGCAAGGAGAAGAUGGGCAAAGGCGUGGACGCCACUUACAAGAAAGCUCUGGAGGAGGCGGCGGCGCGCUUCCGCGAGCUUCAGGCCGAGAAGGAGCUCCGCCAGCUGCAAGAGGACAGAAAGAACGACAGGAAGCCGCCGCCAUACAAACACAUCAAGGUGAACCGGCCAAUAGGGAAGGUGCAGAUCGUCACGGCCGACCUGUCGGAGAUCCCGCGCUGCAACUGCAAGGCGGCGGACGAGAGCCCGUGCGGCGUGGACUCGGAGUGCAUCAACCGCAUGCUGCUCUACGAAUGUCACCCGCAGGUUUGCCCGGCCGGCGAGCGCUGCCUCAACCAGACCUUCAGCAGGCGUCAGUACAGCCAGGUGGAGAUCUUCAGGACGCUGUCUCGAGGUUGGGGCCUCCGAUGCGUCCACGAUAUCAAGAAGGGUCAGUUUGUGAGCGAAUACGUCGGGGAGGUGAUCGACGAGGAGGAGUGCCGGAGCAGGAUCAGACACGCCCAGGAGCACGACAUCUGCAACUUCUACAUGCUCACUCUGGACAAGGAUCGCAUCAUCGACGCCGGUCCGAAGGGCAACGAGGCUCGCUUCAUGAACCACUGCUGCCAGCCCAACUGCGAGACGCAGAAGUGGACGGUGAGCGGCGACACGCGCGUCGGACUCUUCGCCUUGGUGGACAUCGCUGCCGGCACGGAACUCACUUUCAACUACAACCUGGAAUGUUUGGGCAACGGCAAGACGGUGUGCAAGUGCGGCGCCCCCAACUGCAGCGGCUUUCUCGGCGUGAGGCCCAAGAACAACCCGCCGUCGGACGACAAAGGGCGCAAGCCCAAGCGCCGCGGCCACGGCCGGCGGAAGAAGAAGGUGGUGGUGACCAAAGAGCGCGAGGACGAGUGUUUCAGCUGCGGCGACGGCGGCCAGAUGGUCUCCUGCAAGAAGCCCGGCUGCCCCAAGGUCUACCACGCCGACUGCCUCAACCUCACCAGGAGGCCCGCCGGCCGCUGGGAGUGUCCGCGCCACCAGUGCGACAUCUGCGGCAAGGAAGCGCUGUCCUUCUGCGAGAUGUGUCCCAGCUCCUUCUGCGGGCAGCACCGCGAGGGCCUGCUCUUCAUCUCCAAGCUGGACGGCAAGCUGUGCUGCACCGAGCACGACCCGUGCGGACCCCACCCGCUGGAGCCGGGCGAGAUCCGCGAAUACGACCCCCAGCCACCCCGGGCCUUGACGUCAUGCCUGGGGAUGGCCGUCAUCACGCCCUCGUCGGCCGCGCCCGGCGUCCCCGCCUCUGCCGGCGCGCGCCCCGCCCCCGCCCUCGCCAGGCUCCCGGACGUCGGCCAGGAUCCCUUUCCCGCUUUUGCCAUCCCGGUGCCCAUCACCAUUCCCGUUUCGGCGCCCGCCGCCUCGCCCCCUGCGGUCGGCGGCGGCGGCGGCGCCUUCGACCUCCCGCAGUACUCGCCCAUCUCCUCCUACGAGGAGGACAGAGACGUACUGGAGGAGGACGAGGAUGAGGAGGAGAUGAUGGAUGAGGAGGAUGAGGAAGAGGCUCUGGAAUAUCUUGAGAUCAGAGAUGACGAUGAUGAUGAAGAGGAAGAGGAAGAAGAAGAGGAGUGACGCAGUGGUUUGUUCAUAUCGACUUUAUUGAAUCUCACUCGCGAGUUCCGUGACAGGAAGCACUUGUGACGCAAGCUCCGGACCCUUUUGCGCACACUCACCGGCGACGACAAAAGUUUCACGGGUGCGGUGUAGCGCCAUGACUUCACUUCCGGCGUCUUUGGGUGCUCGCCGGCCAUAACAUUAGGUACACCGCCGGAGAGUCAAUAUGAGAGCUGUCGCCACCAUUUUCUAGAAGCUUGGUCUUCUCGAAAGACGAGAUUUCGCCCAUCUUGUGACUUCUUUGGGCAGUUACAAACGUUUUGAACCGUUUUUUUUUUUCCUUUUGUGUCAUCGUGCUAAUUCGAUUGAAAGAAGUGACGCAGCAGCGGCACAAAUGAACAAAAUGGCGAUCAAAGCAAAUACCUCUUGCACUCACUUUUGCACUAAGUGGAGGUACGCGCAUACUUGGUUUUGAACGACUCGUAAUGUUCAGUUUCGUUAAAAAAAAAAAAAAAAAACAAGCCUACGUAUAAUCGGAUACAUUUCUAGUUAGCUUAAACUACUGUGAACUUAUUUGCGAGUUUCAGAAUUCCCAUAUUCAUCAGAAGUUGAUCAUAUUUUUAGAUUGUAUGACACAUCACACAAAAAAAGAACAUUACAAUCGUUUGAACGUUCUUCUAUUCAUUUGCAGGGGGCGCUAAACGGUUAUUAUUAUUUUUUUUUUUGGUGUGCGACAACAUAUUUAUUUCAUGUUUAAAGGCACUUUUUUUCUUUUUUUUUUCUUUUUUUUAAGCCAGCUCUCAUAUCGAAUCUCCCGGGUCCACUUCAUAAUCCACUUGAGUAGCAGUCAACCUCCCCGUCAGCCUCGAUCGGAGCCUCCUUUGCCGCGUCCCGUUUUACUGUACGCUUGUUGCUUCCUCAGACGCCGUCGCCCGGCGGACAUUUUGGACCUGUGGACCAAUGGCGGGGAGUGACGCGCCUCCGGCGGUGCUUUGGGAGAAACGCAAAGGUGACGAAUUGUGUAGGCCUCACCGGUGGGGUAGUGACCGUGCGCUUGAGUCGGAAAGACGUUUCUUGAAGGAGGGGCAGGGGGGGGCAUGACACAUGGACUAAAGUAUUGGGACGCAGCCCUCGAUCAGUUAAUGGUUCAUUGGCUGGAACGAGAUGCCUUUCAGU